GCCCGGGAGCGCGCAGUGCGGCGCACCGGACCCGCACCGGACCCGGACAGAGCCCGGACCGAGCCCGGGCAGAACCUGGACCGAACCGCACCGGACCCGAGCAGAGCCCGGACUGAACCCGGACCGAUCCCGGACCGAUCCCGGACCGAACCCGGCUGCGGCACCUCAUCUCCGGCUGAGGAUCCCUCUGGACGUGCCACCCCCAGGGACAUCCCAAAUCCACCCCCAGGGACAUCCCAAAUCCACCCCCAGGGACAUCCCAAGGUCCUGAGGCCGCCCAGGGAAGCGCCAAGAUGAUCCCGAGGAGAGCCCAAGUCACUUGCUCCGGAAUUGCCUUCGUCCUCUGCCUCCAGCAGCUCGUCAGUGCCAUCGAGGUCCCCCUGGACUCAAAUAUCCAGAGCGAAUUGCCGCAGCCCCCCACCAUCACCAAGCAAUCCAUCAAGGAUUACAUCGUGGAUCCCAGGGACAACAUCUUCAUUGAGUGCGAAGCCAAAGGCAAUCCCGUUCCCAUCUUCUCCUGGACGCGGAACGGGAAGUUCUUCAACGUGGCCAAGGAUCCCAAGGUGUCCAUGAGGAGGAGAUCCGGGACCUUGGUCAUCGACUUCCACAGCGGCGGCCGGCCCGACGACUACGAGGGCGAGUACCAGUGCUUCGCCCGGAACGACUACGGAACGGCGCUGUCCAGCAAAAUCCACCUCCAGGUGUCCAAGUCCCCGCUGUGGCCCAAGGAGAAGGUGGAUGUGAUCGAGGUGGACGAGGGCGCGCCGCUGAGCCUGCAGUGCAACCCCCCGCCCGGCCUCCCCGAGCCCGUCAUCUUCUGGAUGAGCAGCUCCAUGGAGCCGAUCCCGCAGGACAAGCGCGUGUCCCAGGGCCACAACGGGGACCUCUACUUCUCCAACGUGCUGGCGCAGGACGCGCUGACCGACUACAGCUGCAACGCGCGCUUCCACUUCACCCACACCAUCCAGCAGAAGAACCCCUACACCCUCAAGGUCAAAACCAAGAAGUCCCAUAACGAAACGUCCUUAGGAAAUUCCCCCGCCAUGUACCGCGCCCGAGGGAUCACGGAAACCACUCCCAGCUUCAUGUAUCCCUACGGAACUUCCAGCAGCCAGAUGGUUCUCCGAGGGGUGGAUCUCCUGCUGGAGUGCAUCGCCUCCGGAGUACCAGCACCGGACAUCAUGUGGUACAAGAAAGGCGGGGAGCUGCCGGCGGGAAAAACCAAGCUGGAGAACUUCAACAAGGCCCUGCGCAUCUCCAACGUGUCCGAGGAGGAUUCCGGGGAAUAUUUCUGCCUGGCCUCCAACAAGAUGGGAAGCAUCCGCCACACGAUCUCGGUGAGAGUGAAGGCUGCUCCCUACUGGCUGGAUGAGCCGGAGAACCUGAUCCUGGCGCCCGGAGAGGACGGGAGGCUGGUGUGCCGGGCCAACGGGAAUCCCAAACCCUCCAUCCAGUGGCUGGUGAACGGAGAGCCCAUCGAAGCGUCUCCCCCGAACCCGAGCCGGGAGGUGUCCGGGGACACCAUCGUGUUCCGGGACACGCAGAUCGGCAGCAGCGCCGUGUACCAGUGCAACGCCUCCAACGAGCACGGGUACCUGCUGGCCAACGCCUUCGUCAGCGUGCUGGAUGUCCAGCCCCGGAUCCUGGGCCCCAAGCACCAGCUGAUCAGGGUGAUCCAGAACAACAGGACCCGCCUGGACUGUCCCUUUUUCGGGUCCCCCAUCCCCACCCUGCGCUGGUUUAAGAACGGCCAGGGGAACAUGCUGGACGGAGGCAACUACAAAGCCCACGAGAACGGGAGCUUGGAGAUCUUCAUGGCUCGGAAGGAGGACCAGGGGAUCUACACCUGCGUGGCCACCAGCAUCCUGGGCAAGGCCGAGGCCCAGGUGCGCCUGGAGGUCAAAGACCCCACCCGGAUCGUGAGGGGCCCCGAGGACCAGGUGGUCAAGAGGGGCACCAUGCCCCGGCUCCACUGCCGCGUCAAGCACGACCCCACGCUCCGGCUCAUGGUCACCUGGCUCAAGGACGACGUCCCCCUCUACCUGGGCAGCAGGAUGAAGAAGGAGGAGGAUGGCCUGACGAUCUUCGGCGUGACCGAGAAGGACCAGGGCGAUUACACGUGCGUGGCCAGCACGGAGCUGGACAGGGACCUGGCCAAGGCUUAUCUCACCGUGCUGGCCGUCCCCGCUAAUCGGUUGAGAGAUUUGCCCAAAGAGCGACCCGACCGGCCCCGGGACUUGGAGCUGACGGAUCUGGCCGAGAGGAGCGUGCGGCUGACGUGGAUCCCCGGCGAUGACAACAACAGCCCCAUCACAGACUACAUCGUCCAGUUCGAGGAGGACCGCUUCCAGCCGGGAAUCUGGCACAACCACUCCCGGUACCCCGGGAGCGUCAACUCGGCCGUGCUGAGCCUCUCCCCGUACGUGAACUACCAGUUCCGGGUGAUCGCCGUCAACGACGUGGGCAGCAGCGUGCCCAGCCUGUCCUCCGAGCGCUACCAGACCAACGGCGCCCGUCCUGAAGUAAACCCAACGGGAGUUCAAGGGGCAGGGACCCAAAAAAACAACAUGGAGAUAACGUGGACCCCUCUGAACGCGACGCAGGCCUACGGGCCCAACCUGCGGUACAUCGUGCGCUGGCGGCGGCGGGAGCCCCGCGGGAGCUGGCACAACGAGACGGUGCGGGGCGCGCGGCACGUGGUGUGGAACACGCCCGUCUACGUGCCCUACGAGAUCAAGGUGCAGGCCGAGAACGACUUCGGCAGAGCCCCGGAGCCCGACACCUACAUCGGAUAUUCCGGGGAGGAUUAUCCCAAGGCUGCGCCCACGGAUGUCAGGAUCAGAGUCUUAAACAGCACAGCCGUGGCUCUGACCUGGACCCGGGUGCACCUGGACACCAUCCAGGGACAGCUCAAGGAGUACCGAGCCUACUUCUGGAGGGACAGCAGCUUGCUGAAGAACCUGUGGGUCUCCAGGAAGCGGCAGUUUGCCAGUUUUCCCGGGGACCGCAGCCGGGGCACCGUGUCCCGGCUGUUCCCCUACAGCAACUACAAGCUGGAGAUGGUGGUGACCAACGGCCGGGGGGACGGGCCCCGCAGCGAGACCAAGGAGUUCCCCACCCCGGAGGGAGUGCCCAGCUCCCCCAGGUACCUGCGGAUCCGGCAGCCCAACCUGGAAAUCAUCAACCUGGAGUGGGAUCACCCCGAGCAUCCCAACGGGAUCAUCACGGGAUACACGCUCCGGUACCAGCCCUUUAACGGGACGCGGACGGGGCGGACGGUGGUGGAGAACCUGUCCCCCAACCAGACGAGGUUCACGCUGCAGAGGUCGGACCCCAUCUCCCGCUAUCGCUUCGUGCUGCGCGCCCGCACCCAGGUGGGAGAGGGAGAGGCCCUGGUGGAGGAGUCGCCGGCGCUGCUGGAUGAAGCCACGCCAAGCCCAGAGGCAACUGGGGCACCUCCAACCGCAGUGGAGGAAUCCAGCCCUGGAACCAGCCCUGGAACCAGCCCUGAAACCAGCCCUGAAACCAGCCCUGAAACCAGUCCUGAAACCAGUCCUACGGCCAGUCCUGCUGUCAGUCCUACUGUCGGUCCUACAGCCAGCCCUACAGCCAGUCCUACAGCCAGCCCUACUGUCGGCCCUACUGUCGGCCCUACUGUCGGCCCUACUGUCGGCCCUACAGCCGCCCCAAGCACCGCCGCCAGCACCAGCGCCGCAGCCGAGGGCGCGCCGGCGGCCACCACCCGGCACGAGUUGGGCGCCAAUGGAGCGUCCAUUUGGGACAUCAGAGCCAUGGCCAACAGUAACUGGGCAAACAUCUCCUGGAGCCACAAUUUCUCGGCAGGAACUGACUUUGUGGUUAAGUAUAUCACCAGUAACAAGACAGAGAGAUCAGUCCCCGUUAAGGCUCAGGGCCCGUCCUCGGUGCAGCUGGCGGAUCUGACGCCGGGGAUGAUGUACAAGCUGUGGGUGUUCCCCAUAUGGUCCCACCCCAGCGAGCACUCGUACAUUACCUUUACCACCAGCUCAGCCUACACCAAGAACCAGGUGGACAUCGCCACGCAGGGCUGGUUCAUCGGCCUGAUGUGCGCCAUCGCGCUCCUGGUGCUCAUCCUGCUCAUCGUCUGCUUCAUCAAGAGGAGCCGCGGCGGGAAGUACCCAGUGCGGGACAACAAGGACGAGCACCUCAAUCCCGAGGACAAGAACGUGGAGGACGGAUCCUUCGACUACAGCGAUGAGGACAACAAACCUCUUCCCAACAGCCAGACCUCGCUGGACGGGACGAUAAAGCAGCAGGAGAGCGACGACAGCUUGGUGGACUACGGAGAGGGGGGCGAGGGCCAGUUCAACGAGGACGGCUCCUUCAUCGGCCAGUACACGGUCAAGAAGGACAAGGAGGAGACCGAGGGCAACGAGAGCUCCGAGGCCACGUCCCCCGUCAACGCCAUCUAUUCCUUGGCAUAGCGGAAAUCCCGCCGGGAAAAGAGGAAAAAAGCGCCCACGGCCCAAGGGGUCGGGAGCGGGUUCCGCCGGCAGCCGCCGCCGCCUCCGACGGGGAAGGGAAUCAAGCGAGGACUGAAAAAACGAACAAACAAACAAACAGGAAAAAAAAAAAUAGAAAAAAAAUUAAAAAUAGCCAAAAAAAAAAAAAAAAUCUGAAAAAAAAAAAAAAAAAAAAAAGAAAAAAGGGUAAAAAAAAAAAAAAAAGAAAAAAUAUUCCAAGCAACCCGGCAGCCCAGGCGGCCGCCGAUGCCAUUUAUCCUUAGCAAAAGAGCCAACGGCAAAAGGCGCGGGGCGGGAGCCGGAGUGGGAAUCGGGGCUGAGCCGGAGCGGAUGGAUGGGAGGAGCUGCUCCAGAUGAUCCCCAGUUUUGGGGCUGCUCCUCAGUUUUAGGGCUGAUCCUCAGUUUUGGGGUCGCUCCCCUGUUUGGGGUCACUCCCCAGUUCUGGGGUCGCUCCCCAGUUUUGGGGCUGCUCUUCAUUUUGGGGUUGCUCCUCAGUUUGGGGUCGCUCCCCAGUUUUGGGGCUGCCCCCUCAGGGCUGGUCCGGAGGGGCCCCGUGUUGGGCUUGGCUCCCCCGAGGCUUUUUUUUUUUCGCUUUUAGGAGGGAGCUCCAACUUUUUGGGUUUAAUUUUUCCAGGAAGGUUCUAGAUCAGAGGGGAGGAGGGGAAGAGGGGGAAGAGGGGCCUGGGCAGAGCAAAGGCAUGGAAGAAGGAAAGGGGUGGAUUUUGGGGGUGAAAACUCCGCAUUAUUGAGCCGUCCAUCCUCACGGCAGCACCCCGCCCAUCACCUCUCCCAAAAAACACUCCUUCCUGAAAAAAACCUAUGCAGGGAAGAGCAGGUCCCCUCCGCCUCCCUCAGCACCGGGAUUUGUCCUCGCUGAGGCUGGGAAAACCCACAGGGAGCUCCCGCCCCAUUCCCACCGAGCUCCGGAGCAUCCCGGGAGGAGAAGAGGAUGUGGAGGAACUUUUGGGAUUGGGGGAAGGACAGGGAGGAGCCUCUCCCGGGGUGACAGCGCUGCAGGAAAAGCUUUUUGGGGUUUAAAUUUGCUUUGUAGGGAUUCCGGGGGGAGCCGCCCCUGCUUCCUUCUCAAGGCAACUCCAUAAAUCCUACGUAGCAGAGAGGGCCUGGAAGCAGGAGCGGGAUCAGAACAGGAUGAGAACGAUUAAAGUAAAAAUAAUCCACGCGAGCUGGUGAGGAUGGAAAAACCCCCUGGGAUCAGGCGGAGGAUUCCCUGGAGGAUCCAGGGCCACACCAAGGAAGGAACCCCGGACUGGAAUCCACACCUCGGCAGGCACCGGGAUGAGCCGGCCGGACGCUGCUUUUCCCACCAAACCCCCUCCUCCUUUCUGACAGUGGCCUUUCCCCGCUCCAGCACUCGGCCAAGCCUCCGUGGGACCCCCAUCCCGCCCGGAGACUCCCAGGAUUCCAGCGAUUCCCGCCCUGAGCGCUCCCUCACAUGCCUUACACAGCUUGGGGCUUCCCGGGGAGUCACUCCAAGGACGCUCUUCCCACUCCGCUUCCGCGCCCCCGACGGCCUCGGAUCCGCCCGAGCAGUAGGAAUGGGAUGUCUGGGAGCGUUCCCGGCUCUCCCGGCAUGGAUCAGGGUGGAAGGCAGGGAUUCCUAAUGGACUGCGUCCCAUGGAUCCUCCCACUUCCUGCACUUUCGAAACCAAAGGUACCUUCACGGAGAGAGAGAGAGAGAGAUCAGGUUUCUUUCGGAAAAGAUGGAUUUUUGGAUGGAUUUUUUCCUUUCUUUUUAUUUUUUUUCCUGAGGAGGAUGGAGGGGUUUUUUUGGAUGGGAUGCAGCGGGAUUCGCGCAGUUGUUCUUUCUGCUCUGGAGGCGCGUCGGUGACAGGGAUACUCCCACUGCUCUGGAAUGUGGAGAGGGACUUUGCCAUAUCCCGAAGGAUCCCGGGAAGAGCCCGGACCGGGCCGACGGGAGAGAUGGAUGCAAAUUAAUCCAAUGCAAAUGCCUUCCUUAAAAUAAUAAUUAUCAUUUA